AUGCAAGAGAUUGUGGAAAACAGGGCCAUUGUAUACAGAACCAGAAAUGGACACAGUGAGGUCAUCACCGAGAAGUUAGACUUAAAUUCAUACUAUACUGAUGACGAAAUCGUCGUUCAAGUUCAUGCAGCUGCACUUAACCCAUUGGAUUUAAUCAUAAAGUCUUACGCAUACUAUUUGGUGGCAGGUAAUACACCUAAGACAUUUUCAAGUGAUUUCAGCGGGGUAAUCGUGCGUAAAGGAAAGAACGUUCAAGGAUAUGCAGUUGGAGAUAAGGUGGUGGGGUGCUACUACCACAUAUUUGGCAAGCAGGGAUCCCUGUGUAAUUAUUUGACCCUUGAUCCUAAGAAGCAUCUUGCGAUCAUCCAAAUGUCCAGCUUUGGCGAUAGCGAGGAUGAUGAUUUUGUGUUGAACGCUGCGUGGCCGCUUGUUUUCGGAACUGCUUACAUGGGCCUCGGUCUGUUAGACAAGAGCCAGAACCUUGGUCCUGAUUCCCGCAUAUUGGUGAUUGGAGCCUCAACUUCGGUGUCAAAUGCUCUGGUACAAAUCGCUAAGAAUCAUUUGAAGGUCAAGUCCGUGGUAGGAAUAUGCUCCAAGAGCUCAUUCGAGCGUAACAAGGAAUUGGGUUUUGACCAUCUAGUUGCCUACGACGAAGGGCCUGUCACCGAUGGGGUCAAAAACCUGAUUGACACCGAAUUCAAUGGUGGCAAGUUUGACUUGAUUUUCGACUCAGUUGGAAAUUCAGAUUUCAUUCCCAGAAUCAAUGAGUUUUUAAAACCAAUGAACGAGAAUUCAUAUUAUCGUACCAUCGUUGGAGAUAAGAAAUUGAAUUACUCAUCGCCAAAUAUGCUGAGCGGCAUCAGCCUGAGCCAAACUUUGAAGAGAUCAGGCCCUUUCAAAAGGUAUAACUACAAAAGCCAUGUAUUUGCUCCAUCACAAGAGUACAUGAAACUUGGUGUUCAGAUGAUUGCUUCAAAACAAUACAAGCCGUCCAUAGACUCUGUGUUUAGGGUGGACGAGCACGCUAAGGCCUUUAACAGAUUAUUAUCAAACAGAGCCAAGGGUAAAGUUGUUAUCAAGAUGAUUUGA